AUGCUUACCGACGUAUAUAGCGUCGCUACAUCAAAGCCAUUCAAGUUUAUCGUUGGUCCUCAACGAACAGAAUUCACCAUCCAUUCUGCGCUUGUUGGCCACCAGUCACCGGCUCUUUUGGUACUUGUGAAUGGACAAUUCAAAGAGUCAUCGGACUGUUCUGUCAAGUGGGACGAUAUCGAUGAGAUAGUCUUUACUAGCUUCUGGCAGUUUGUAUACACUGGGGACUAUGACACUCCGGAACCGUUGCCACCAGCCACGACAACUUCCAGCAAGGGCAAAGAAGAGGCGCACAACCCUGAUGAGCCGCUUGCUGAAACAACUUUCAGCAAUGAGCCUGUCGAGAAAACACCUACUGUUGAUGAAGUAUAUAUGAGUACCUUUGAAGAAGAAUCCGUCGCGGCCGCUGAACCUACCUCCGAGGAUUAUAUUGAAGCGAAACCUCCUGCUACUUGGUAUCUAUCCCUUAUAAGAAUAAAGAAAAAAAAGAAAGUGGGCUAG